AUGCGUUACCGCCGCCAGAUGUCCCGGGCCCUUGUCCCGCAGUCGAUGCCGGAGGCCCGGCGCCUUGGCCCGCAGCCGGUGUCCCUGCCGCCGGUGGAGGCACUCCUGGCCUGGGUGGCGCCGAAGAGUUCAGGCACCGUGCCUGCCGCGGCGGCCGCGGCCGCCUCCCUCGCGCCCGAGAUGGCGGACUCCCCGCCGUCACCGUCACAGCCGCCGCCGCCGCCGAGCGCCAAGUCCACUGUCUCCCGGCGCCCGGCCAGCCUGCAGUCCUCCACGCCGCUGGAGUAUGAUGUGUUUGUGCGCGGCCCGGGCGGGGCGGGGUCCCGGCGCGGGGGCGUGUCCCCGGGGCCCGGGGCCCGGCGCGCCUCGGACUUCCGGGCGCUGCUGUCGCGUGCCCAGCGCAACCUGGACCGCCACCGGCGGGUGCGCAUCCAUGCCCUUGGCCCGGCCAUUGAGCGGGCCCUGGCCGUGGCUCUGGCCCUGCGCCGGCAGCACGCGCAAUCGGCGCUGGCCUGCUCGCCGGCCCAUCCGGCCGGUGUGCCUGUCGGGGCCCCGGUUCCCGGGUCGGGCAAGGGGCACUUCGAUCGGGCUCCCCUGGCCCCGGGGCUGCUGGACUGCCGGGUGAACCUGCGCACCGAGUGCCUGGUGGACGAUGUGACGCCCCAGGAUGAUGAUGAGGCUGCAUCCACGGCAUCCCGCCUGGUGUCGGCCGUCACGGUGGAGGUGUUCUUCCGGUGAGAGGGCGCGACGCCCUGGUGUUUUUUUUUUUAUUUCCCCCCCC